AUGCCCAAUAGAGUCACUACAACAUUGAAUGAUUUGCUUCUCCAAAAAUUCACAGAAGAGGAAGUCAAGAAUGCUGUCUUCCAAAUGAAAGGUAGGGCCAUAACAGAUAAUAUCAUGGUGGUAUAUGAGACUCUCCGCUCCAUGUCCACAAGAAUACAAGGAAAGUCAACUUAUAUGGCUCUAAAACUCAACAUGAGCAAAGCCUAUGAUGGAGUGGAGUGGGACUUUCUAUCUGCAAUAAUGUGCAAAAUGGGAUUUGACAGUAGGUGGAUUGCACUGGUGAUGAACUACAUCAAGUCUAUUUCAUACUUAAUCGUUCUUAAUGGUGAAGCUCAGGCCAGUUUCAAGCCAACUAGAGGCCUAAGUAUGAUAUUUUGCAAAGCAAGUACACUAGAAUGGAGAAGAAUGCUAAGCAUACUGACUGUAUAUGAGCAAGCCUCAGGACAGCUACUAAACAAAGAGAAAUCUGCCAUAUACUUCAACAGAAACACACCAAAUGAAUACAGAGCCAAUAUUACUCGAAUUGCAGGUGUAACCCUCACAACAUCUUUUGAAAAAUACUUAGGCUUACCAACCAUGGUGGGAAGAACAAAGGUAGCAUGCUUUCAUGGACUGAUUGAUAGAAUGUGGUCAAAGAUUAACAACUGGAAGACAAACAAAUUAUCAGCGGUUGGAAAGAAGGUGUUACUCAAAUCAGUGCUGCAGGCUAUUCCCACAUACACAAUGGGAAUCUUCCUUCUACCAAAGUCCAUCACCAAUAGGCUUGAACAGAUUCUAAGGAAGUUUUGGUGGAGUUUCAGUUAG